AGUUUCUUCAAAUCCCCUGAAGUUUCUGUUUCUUCAAUAUUCCUGUGGGUGAUGAGGAAAGUUCCAGCAGUGUUACGGCAAGCUCGUAAAGCUAUUGCAGAUUUGGAUUUGCUCAAAGUUUUGCAAUCUGAAAUUAACCAUGAGUUUUCAGCUAAACAGUUUCAGAAUGAUGAAAGUAGUAGCUUUGGAGAUUUUGUUGUAGACUGGGAUUCACCACAAUCCCAAGACGUAGUUCUACGCAGGAGAUGCGAGUCAGGGGAGGAAGUUGCUGUUUCUGCUUUUUUGGGUGCUGAGGGCUCUAAUGAAAAUGCCAAAUUUCCCAGGGACGCUUUCAUGAAAGUAGGUGUGAAGAAGCCUGGUCUGAGAUCCUUGCUACAGUUUGAUUGUGUGGCAAUUGCUCAAGUUGGUGAUGGUUGUGACGUUGAAAUUCAAAACGUGAACUACAUUGCAUCACUAGACCUUGAUUCUUCAGCCCACAAAGGUCCCUAUAUCAGUUCAUCAGAUGAGAGACUUCGAGAUGAGCUCCACAAAUAUCUAGAAGCAAGAGGAGUUGAUAAAAGUUUCGCAGAUUCACUCUUACUACACUUACACAAGAAGGAGCAAGGUCAAUACGUCGAGUGGUUGCACAAAUUGCAAGGUCUUGUAACACCAAGUGAAUGACACGGACAAUGCCCUAUGCAGGAUAGUUGACUUGAUUCGAGUUCAUGACAUUAAGGCACUGAUUGCUGGAGGGGAGAAACAUCUGUUGGUUUACUUGCAAUUUUUGUUGGUUUUUGUAUGUUUUAUUUAUACGUAAACCCCUUCUCGUUGUACUGAAAUACAGAUCUAAUUUAAACGGCCAGGUGCAACUUGCAUGAUGGAAUUAUAUCAAAAAAAUUGUUCAAGAAUUGUAAGUUGAGUGAACACGCAUUAUUUUGUUGAAAGAGUAAUUAGGGGGGCACUUGAUGUUUUCAGAUUACUUCUUUUACAAAUUUUAUCAUCUAGUGAUGUUACUUAUUA